AUGGCAGCAGCAACAGUUCGGAGCUCACCACUGGUGCGCGUGGUUGUCAAUUCGGUGCAGAAGCUAUAUCCACAAGCCCUUGCCGACAAGUCAUGGGACAACACGGGCCCUACUCUACAAUUACGCCAAAUCCUAACCAGCUCAAUUAUGUCCAGUCCUCCUCGAAGCCCCCCUCCGCCCCCCACCACCACCCCGCCCCCCUCCGCCCACACAAUCCUCCUCACCAUCGACCUCACCCGCGCCGUCGUCGACGAAGCCCUCUCCACAAACAGCUCCAUGAUCAUCGCCUACCACCCCAUCAUCUUCCGCCCGCUCAAAUCGCUCAGCCUGCGCGACACGCAGCAGGAGAGCCUCCUGCGCCUCGCCCAGGCCGGCAUCAGCGUGUACUCGCCGCACACAGCGGUCGACGCCGCGCUCGGCGGCGUCAACGACUGGCUGGCCGACGGCAUCUCGGGCGGCCGUGGCAACGAGGAGAGCAGGCGGGUGCUGGAGGAGAGCAUGGCGCCGCCGGACGGGUUCGAGGGCUCGGGCAUGGGCAGGAUGGUGGUGCUCAAGAAGGCGCAGAAGCUGGGGGACCUGGUGGAGAGGGUGAAGGCGUAUUUGGGGAUGCAGCAUUUGAUGGUUGCGGCGACGGAGGCCCAUAAUUCGGGGGAUGCGCUGAUCAGCAGGAUUGCGCUGUGCGCGGGCUCCGGCGGGUCCAUGUUCAAGCACCUCGACGUCGACCUUUUCUUCACGGGCGAGCUCUCGCACCACGAAGCCCUCGGCGCGCGCGAGCGCGGCAUCAGCACAAUCUCCUGCUUCCACACCAACACCGAGCGCGGCUUCCUCGCGGCCGUCAUGAAGCCGAAGCUGCUCGAGGUGCUGAAGGAGGAGUGGGCGCGGCUCAAGGCCACGCCCGAGGGCCGCGAGUUUGCGGGGGACGCGGAGGUGCAGGUGGCCGUGAGUGCGGCGGAUAGAGACCCGUACGAGAUUGUGUAG